GGGCUGUUUACACGUACCCGACAUGAAACUCAUGCCGGCAUGAAAUUUCAUGCCGUCAUGAAAAUUUUUUGGUUCACACAGAGCGUUCCUGCCGGCAUGAAAUGAGUUUCAUUUCAUGCCGGCAUGAAAUGAAAACCAUUCUCAAAUACAUGCUGAAUUAUGAACUUUCAUCCCACAGAUUCAUUUUAAACAUGGCUUCCAACAAAAGACAGCUUGCGCUUUUUUCAGCCUUGAAUGCAGUUCUCGUGAGUUCUUCAACGUUGUUACAACUACUAAGUAUUUUGGUAUUGAAAUUUUUACAAGAACAGAGGAGGCUCAACAAUUUGAGAUAUCAAGCAGUUAUGGAGAGAAAUACAGCAUUGUCGAGGUACAGACGUGCAAGGUUGAGAUAUGUUAGAAGCAAGAGAAAAUGCUGGAUUAAACCUGGAAGAACUGAUAAAUGGUGGGAUAACUUGCACAUUGUUGGUAACAUGUGUGACGAUACUUGGUUACAAAACUUCAGAAUGACAAAACAACAAUUUAUGAAACUUGUCGAAUUAAUUAGACCUUACGCAAAGGAAAGGUCUUCACAAGUCCGCAAAGACGUAAUUCCGCUAGAAAAACGACUAGCUAUUACGCUUUAUUACUUGAAGGACCAAGGUUCUCUUUUGAUGAUUGGCAAUACAUUUGGCAUAGCAAAAAGUACGACAAGUGUUGUUGUACAUGAAAUAUGUGGCAUAUUAGCGAAAGAUAUCGCUUCUUUGUUGAUAAAAUUCCCAGUGGAAAAGGCUGAUGUGGAAAAGAUUUCCAGUAACUUCCUAAAACGAUUUGGAUUCCCUCAGGUGAUUGGUUGUGUUGAUGGCACACACAUCCCAAUAAAACAACCCUCAGAAAACUCUCAUGAUUACUUUUCCUACAAGAUGUAUUACUCGAUCAAUUGUCAAGCAAUAUGCGAUGCGAAUGGACAAUUCACGAAUGUCGAAAUUAAAUGGCCAGGCAGUGUUCAUGAUGCUAGAGUUUUUGCUAACUGCACGGUUCAGGAAAAGUAUCUUAAUGGAGAGUUUAAAUUAUUUUACAAGGAGAUCGUAGAGGAUGGUGAAUCCGUGCCACAGUUGCUUUUGGGAGAUCCUGCAUACCCUCUUUUACCACAUGUGAUGAAGGAGUUCGAUCAUUGCAUAUCGAAUGAACAAGUCAUAUUCAAUCAAAUGUUACGCUCCGCCCGUAACCAAAUAGAAUGCGCAUUUGGAAGGCUUAAAGCUAGGUGGAGAAUUUUAAAUCGCGCUAUGGAUCUGCAAGUGAAACAUGUUCCAAAUGCUAUACUAGCUUGUUUUGCAUUACACAACUUUUGCGAAACCUUAAGACACCGAAAUGAACUCAUGCCGGCAGGAGUUUCAUGCCGGCAUGAAAAAAUGCGUGUAAACGGGGUCUAACUCUCUUAAAUAUUG